UUGUCAAAAUCCACACAACAAAACUCGUCUACCACCUUCAACAACAUCUUCCUCUCCCACCAAGAUAAAAACACACACAAAAAAUCCAUCCCACAUGCCAUCAGCCAGAUGUCGCCACCAGUUAAUGAAACCACCACCAUACAAAAAAAAAAUAUUCUUGCAUUCAGCACAAAUUUAACUUCAGAAAUCACAGAAAGACAACAAAAUACCUGUGUGUGGUGUGUUAACCAAAGAAUUUUUAAAUCAUUUUUCAUCAAAAUUUAUCAAGAUAAAUUUUGAAAUAAAGAAAAUAAACAUUUUUCGACUCCUUGGAGGAGUCCCAUAAAAACAUAAAAUGAAUUAAUUUAAAAGAAAAACUCCAUCCGCUUUAACAGUAGGAUUCUCUUUCCUCAAGAAAAGUUCACCCAAAAUGGCAUUCCUGUGUCCCGUCAGAAUACGUCGGGGAAAAAAGAAAAAAUCUUCCAAUAACGACGUGGAUAAAGAACUCUCUCGACCGGGAUCGGGACUUGGACUUAAUCAUGGAAUGGGACGCAUUACUGGCUCGGCUAGCAUUGAGACUCUAGUUCGAGUGGGAAUUGAAAAAGAGCACGGACUUAGUCCAGACUCGAAAAUGGUUGUAUUGCAUGACUUCACCCCGUGUGUUGAUGAUGAGCUGGAAGUGAAACGAGGACAAAUAGUGAAUAUACUUUACAGAGAAAAUGACUGGGUGUAUGUGAUUGGACAGGACACUCGACAAGAGGGUUUUAUACCACAUUCAUAUUGUGCCCCCUACAAUACUCAGCUCGCCGACUUAGCCAUAAAAAAGAAGCUACCCAGAGAUCAGAGUCUGCCGAAUGAUUUGACCGAAGGCAUUCACAGUGAUGCAAUAAAACUGGAACUUUUAGACGAUCCAGUGCCACAAUUGGGUGGAGGCGGUGGUAAUGGUGGUAGUGGAGGACUAAGCAAUGGAAUGCAAUCACCGUUGAAGAACUCACAGGCAAGUUUAAGCUCGGAGCCAGAUUUCUUGCCAUUUGCCAAAGAUCCCAGUGGUCGAUAUAUCGUCCUGUAUACGUUCAUAGCUCGCGAUGAGAAUGAUGUCUCAGUUGAGCGUGGAGAAUUUGUGACAGUUCUGAAUCGAGAAGAUCCCGAUUGGUAUUGGAUUGUGAGAAGUGAUGGUCAAGAAGGUUUUAUUCCGUCUGGAUUCGUAUAUCCAGCUGAUAGUGUAUUACAAAGCAAGCCGAUAGGUGGACAAAGUCCAGCUAAGCAUCUGAAUCCAGAUUUGUGUGCAAAUAAUGGAGUAGUGGGUAACAAUAAUAAUAAUAAUCCCUUGCAAAAUGGUCAAAUUGGACCACCCAGCAACACAGCAAAUGCACCUGCUGUAGGAGGAGGUAAUGGCCAAUUGGCACAGCCAAUGAAUAAUAAUUGUGGAACACUACAAGCAGCCGCAGGAGGAGGUCCACCUCAACAACUUGGUGUUGGAGCCGAUGAUUUGCGUUAUCAUGGAACAGAAUUGGUUAUGUUGUAUGAUUAUAAGGCACAAGCACCAGAUGAUUUAUCAGUUAGACGUGGCGAUUGGAUUUAUGCUGAUCUGAAUAAUCAAACUGUAGACGGUUGGUUAUGGGCAUAUGCACCGAAAACCCGUAAAUAUGGUUUUAUACCAAAAGCCUAUGCACGUCCGCCAGCCAUGACAAGUCUUUAGAGACUAAAAUUAAUCAAAAAAAUUAUUUAAGUUAUUAUUACAAAAAAAAAAGAACAUAAGACAAAUUUAUUCGAAUAGGAUUUGUAUAUUUAAUUCUAGGAUUCGUUUUCCUUAAAUCUUCCAUUCGCUUUAAUCAAUCAAUAUGAAUUAGUUAUUUUAUAGCAAUAAAUAAUAUUUUUAUUUCUUAUCAAUGAAGUUGAAUAAAAAAUACUAAGAUCGUAGUUUAUCAAGCAAAAUGCUUAGAAAAUAAAUUUUAAAGAAAAUUUAAUCUUACAA